CACCUCCAACAUGAAGGUGUUCGUUGUCACACUCGUGCUGGCGUUCGUCGCCACCGCAUACGGUGGUUACAUAAGCAGCGGCAGUAGUUAUGGCGGUGGUGGUUUCGGCGGCGGCAGCAGUGGAUGGAAGCUCGGUGGCGGAGGUGGAUACGGCGGCGGUGGAUACGGCGGCGGUGGAUACGGCGGUGGAUACAGCGGUGGUAGCAGCGGGUGGAAGUUAGGUGGUGGAAGUGGUGGAUUCGGCGGCGGUGGAUGGAAAUUAGGCGGAGGCGGCGGAUACGGUGGGGGUGGAUACGGCAGCGGCGGCGGUGGAGGUUGGUGGUAAUAUUCACGGCAAACAGCGGUGCUCACGAGCAAACGGAACGAAAUUCGCUCGCCGAUCAUCCGCGUAUUUCGGCCCGUCAAAGCAUCGAUCGUCAUCAAUAAGGAAAUUAACUCACAUUUGGCCUUUCUACCCUUCUGAUCUUCGUCAAUCCGCUAUCGGAAGAUCAAAAAAGCCAAAAUCGGAACAUCGCGUAAGGCAAAAGCAAGAAGUUGCCCGGUAUAUCGCCGAAUAAAUUUGUAAGAGAAAACGUCACACCGUACAACGCAUGUAUGAGGCACCAUCUCUGUUACCCUUCAUCACCAAGCACAGGGAUAUCUCUUGGAAAUAGCGAACGAUACCGUCGCCUCGCUUCCGGCCAUUCGAACUUGCCGCCGUGUCGUCUAGGCGAAACGACUUCCUUCUCGACGGUGCAUUUUCCCUUCACGUUCCGCCGCUCGCCACCCGUUCAUCCCUCACAAUCCGGAAAAUCGGCGAGCGUUCCAUUUACAAGCGAAUCGUACGCCCUGAUAUUUUAAUCCUGUUUCCACGUAUGAACAUUCGCCCACCUCACCCUUCCCGUUUACUUAACCCGCGCUCUCUUUCGAGGAUCGAAAGCGUCAGAGCAAGGCACCAUCACGAGCACAACAUUUAGCCUAUUACAAACACGUAGCGCAAAAUCCCAUGUAAUUCCCCGGAUAUUACCCCGGCUGCCUCGAACACGAACAAGCAGAAGUGACGAGAAACUGCAGGAAAAUUACACUUGAUGAAAAAAA